AUGGAAUCGGUUCAGCUGUCUCGUUCGGGAUCGACAACACAUUCCAGCUCGAUCCCCGGCAUGUUCUCGCCCGAUCGCUCUUCGCAUGUCAAUUCCAGUGGGUCAAUCGCAGAUGACCAACAACUCCGACGAGCUCCCAAUCGGGAGGAGCGAUUCACAUCAUGGGUAGCCGACCAUCGUCUCGACCUGGAACAGCGAAUCCUUGGUGACCGCGCUGAGCGUCGCGAAUCGCGUCUACCUGGUCGACCAGCACCGUCGCAUAGUUCUCUGAGAAAUGCUGCUGCAUCUCAAUAUGCGCCAAGAGGACCGUAUGUCCCAAUUGAGUUGCAGUCCGCAGCAGCAGGAAGCUCCGGCGAAGCACGGUCGCAUGCGCGCUCAGGACGAGAUUCGCAUGGAGCACACUCCCCGCCAGACCCUGAAGACCUCCGAUGCAGGCAAUCGUUCGUAUCACGGCUGAAGGAGAAGAAACUGCGGAGGCGACUGAUCACACUAGUUAUAUCCGCAUGUUUUCUCAUACUCGUUAUCGCCAUUUACCUCGCAUUCGCUGCUUCCCGUACGACAUUGGGCCGAGAGCUCCAAAUUCUUCUCAUCUUCAUGAAUCUUAAUUCUUGGCAUUGUUUUCUUAGGGCAGGGCCAGCCGGCUAUGCGCAACCAGCACGUCCUAUCCACGUUAUUUUAGCUGGCGAUGAGGACGUUGGAGCAGCGAGCCCGAAUGCCGUGCGCGAAAAGGUUACGGCACCUCCUCCGGCCUACGGUCUUUGGCGAGAAAGUGUGAGAAUUAACCCCGACUUGCUGUACUGGCAGCGCAUCGAGAAUAACAAUGCACACGCACCAAAGGGCGUUGGCAGGCAUGGGAGCAAUAAAUCGCGGAUCCCACGGCCGCCUAGCUACACCUCUGACAACGGCGUCGACUAUGUGAUAGAAGCGCAACCCCGAUCAUUCACACAAUGGCGCAUUCCUGAAGAAUCAGGGCAUCAACCGUGACCGUACAUAUCCCUCUCUCUUUUCUCGACAUACCGAAGCUGGAUUCACCGACACAAUGACAUCCAUAAUCGUCUCGUUAUCCGCAAAAUUCCUUUAUAUAGCGGCACUGUGAUCACCUUCAUCUGUAUUUCCUUUGCUCGAGAUAUCCCCUGUGACUUUGCUUCCUUCCUUUUUUUGGCGACUUUCUCAUCACCAGCCAUAUGCUGUUUUUUUCGUUUACUUUUAUACUUGAUCUUUUUGGAUGAAGCGGGAGUUACAUUGGCAUAUACACACUGAUCUAUCCGGCCAGCAUUGUUUGAGCGCUAUUUCAUUAAGCUUGGUUUUCCACUGCGAAGUACAUCUUGACCGUCUAAAUGUGAAAAUAUCUGGGAAACGAG